AUGCUGCGGGAGGUGCUGAGGGCCAGGGGUUGGCGCUACAGCUGUGGCCCCUGCCACGGCGUCUAUGACGAGGAUACCGACAAGAGUACCUUCUACAUCAAAGAGUUCGAAGCUUGCCUCAGGGGGAAGACGCCCAAAGAGCUCUUUGGCAAGGACGGGGUGCAGGAGGACGGCUAUCGGCUCCAGGCGCUGAAGCUGCCGCGCCACGCGCUGUGGAUGAUCGGGCGCCUGCCGUACCGAGUGCCGGGCACCGCCCGGGACCAGUGCCGGGACCGGGAGGACUUUGUGCAGCUGGUGCUGGAGCACGGCCAAGGAUUACCGGGGAAGCCGGGCAACUACCGCAUCGCCAAGUUCCCGGGCACCGAGCGGAUCCUUUUUAAGACCAACUUCUCCAAGGCCUUCAAAGACAAGCCUUGGUAUCCCAAGACCUUCAUCCUCCCGGAGGACAGGCCCUCCUUCCUCCGGGAGGUCCGGGUCCAGCAGAAGAGCCUCUGGAUCGGCAAGCCCAGGAACGACUACGGGGGUGCGGGCAUUUGCGUCUGGAAGGCCACGGACCCAGGCCUGCGGCGAGCCGUCACUGAGACCAAAUCCAGCAGGUCGAUUGUGCAGCAAUACAUCGCGAAUCCGCUGCUGAUAGGUGGCUACAAGUUCCACAUGCGGAUCCACUUGGUCAUCACGAACUUGUCGCCUUUGGAGGCCUUCAUUCAAGAGAAUGGGCAGUGCCUCUUUGCCACGAAGCCCUACCGGAUGAGCUCCGGCACUUUGGGGGCUCACUUCGACCCGCCGGUUCAUGUCACAAACAUGGGCCUCAAUGCGACGCCAGAGAACAAGGAUAACUUUUUAAAGGAGAAGCCGGUCAUCGGAAAAGGUCAGCAGAUCCGGGUGAGGCAACUCAUGGCCCACCUGGCGAGCCUGGACCCCACGUUCGACAAGGCCAUGAUUUGGCAGCAGAUCCUGGACAUUUCCAUGGACACCGCAGAGUACAUCUCCCGCUCCAUCCGGCGCCGCUACAAGGUGAUGCCGGAUCGGCAUUUCGAGAUCUUCGGCAUGGACUUGAUGCUGGACAAAAAGCUGAAAGUCUGGAUGUGUGAAGUGAACACGGACCCUGGGCUGGGAUAUCCUGACAAGGAAGUCUUGGGAAGCCCAAACCCGGACUACAAGAAGGAGCUCACAGCCUGUGAGGAGACUUUGCAUGACCUUUUCUCCUUGCUGGGCCUGGACGCAGGACUUGCACAGACGCAAGGCUCCCUGCGUCAUUGGUUUAAGUUGGAGAGGAGGGCGUUGCCGCCAAAGGCUGACAAGCCUUGA